GAAGACGACAGAAAGAAAAGAGAAAGAGAAUGAAGAAAGAUCAACCAGCUUUCACUCCUGGUGCAAUAUUAACCCCUCAUGCCUUGGGUUCAAGAAAUUCACCAGGUUCUCAAGUAGCCAGUAAUCCGAGACAAGCAGCCUAUGAAAUGAGGAUGCAGAAUAAUUCUAGUCCUUCAGUAUCUCCUAAUACGAGUUUCACUUCUGAUGGCUCCCCGUCUCCGAUAGGAGGAAUUAAGCGAAAAGCAGAAGACAGUGACAGUGAACCUGAACCAGAGGAUAACGUCAGGCUUUGGGAAGCUGGUUGGAAGCAGCGGUACUACAAGAACAAAUUUGAUGUUGAUGCAGCUGAUGACAAAUUCCGUCGUAAAGUUGUACAGUCUUACGUUGAAGGGCUCUGCUGGGUUCUUCGAUAUUAUUACCAGGGCUGUGCUUCCUGGAAGUGGUAUUAUCCAUUUCAUUAUGCACCAUUUGCUUCAGACUUUGAAGGUAUUGCAGACAUGCCUUCUGAUUUUGAGAAGGGUACUAAACCGUUUAAACCAGUGGAACAACUUAUGGGAGUUUUUCCAGCUGCAAGUGGUAACUUCCUACCUCCAUCAUGGCAGAAGCUCAUGAGUGAUCCUGAUUCUAGUAUAAUUGACUUCUACCCUGAAGAUUUUGCUAUUGAUUUAAAUGGGAAGAAAUAUGCCUGGCAAGAUUUUGUAAGAAUGACAAUAUAAAAUUAGUACUAAAUUUAAG